UUGAUUAUUAUAUUAUUUUAUCCAAGUUUUCCUCGUUUCUACACAAACGGAAAAAACAACUCUGUUCAUAACCCUCUAAAGAACAACUAGAAAAAGGAAAAAGGAAAGCAGAGGAAACAAGAAAUGGAAAAACAGCAGCUUUGAAUGCUUCUUUUACUUCAUAUUCUUUGUCUUUUAACAAGAUUUUAACUCCUAAAAAUUCCAUGGCAGCAGUUAGUUUUUUGGCUUCUUUUUCACCAAGAAUUCACUCCUUAUCUUCACCUUUUCCUUCACCUGCCAUCAAACCAAAGCGACCCACAAACACUUUUCAAGUGAGAUCAGUGGCUGCUCCAACAGAAGAUGUUGCAGGGUUUGAUGACAUGGUUUCCGGGACGCAACGUAAGUACUACAUGCUAGGCGGCAAGGGAGGUGUAGGAAAGACAAGUUGCGCUGCUUCAUUAGCCGUAAAAUUCGCAAAUAAUGGACAUCACACUCUUGUUGUCUCAACCGAUCCAGCUCAUUCGUUGUCUGAUUCUUUCGCGCAGGAUUUGACUGGAGGAAUGCUAGUACCAGUUGAAGGACCCGACUUUCCCUUGUUUGCUCUUGAAAUAAACCCGGAGAAGGCUAGGGAAGAAUUUAGGGAUGCAGCUAAGAACAAUGGUGGAACUGGGGUCAAAGAUUUUAUGGAUGGCAUGGGCCUUGGGAUGCUUGCCGAACAGUUAGGAGAGCUGAAAUUGGGAGAGCUACUGGACACUCCACCUCCCGGUUUAGAUGAAGCGAUUGCAAUUUCAAAGGUGAUGCAAUUUCUUGAUUCGCCACAAUAUAGCAUGUUUACUCGAAUAGUUUUUGACACUGCACCAACAGGACAUACUUUGCGACUUUUGUCUUUGCCGGACUUCUUGGAUGCAUCCAUUGGCAAGAUAUUGAAGCUUAGAGAGAAGAUAGCAUCAGCCACCUCAGCCAUUAAAUCUGUUUUCGGACAAGAAGAAACCCGUCAAAAUGCUGCUGACAAGUUGGAGCAGCUGAGGGAGCGGAUGGUGAAAGUGAGAGACCUUUUCCGUGACACAGAUUCUACCGAGUUUGUCAUCGUCACAAUCCCCACGGUGAUGGCGGUCAGCGAAUCAUCUAGGCUUCGAGCCUCCUUAAACAAGGAAAAUGUUCCGGUCCGGAGACUUAUUGUUAAUCAGAUUCUUCCCCCAUCGGCCUUGGACUGCAAAUUUUGUGCAGUGAAAAGGAAGGAUCAGAUGCGCGCACUUGAUAUGAUUCGGAACGAUCCUGAGCUAUCGAGCUUGAAGUUAAUCCAGUCGCCCCUAGUUGACAUGGAGAUUAGGGGUGUUCCAGCACUUAAAUUUAUGGGGGACAUUGUAUGGAAAUAAAGAAACAUUUUGAGGCUAAUUGGUACUCAAAAACAUUCUCUAUCAAAGGCUUGGUAUUUAUUUAUUUUUAAAAAUAGAUAAUUAAUUAAUUUCAUAAAAAAAAUUCUUUUGAGCAGCAGUAUUGGCUUACUUUUUGAUUUGCCAAGCUUGGGUCGAGUUUAGGUAUUUUGUUUGCUAUUAAUAUUACUAGAUUUAUAGGGUUCAAACUAUACGUUACUUUUCAAGCAAGUAACAAGGAUGCUUAAAAAAGUCGUAGUUAAUCGAAGUUGCUGAUUAAUAUUACAAGUAUCUCUCUGAAUAUCUUUCUCUCCUUCCAACAUGGUGUUCGAAGAGUUGAUCACGUUAUUCGCAAAGCUCAUACUCUUAUGGAUUGCUGCUGUGCUUUUUGGCAACUUAAUCAAGAUGGCGUUUGAUUUCAUGACGUUUGAUAUGGAAGUGACUACAUGUUUUUGCAUAGAUUUAGUUCUUCGUCGUUCCCGCCGGGACAUUCACCAAGAUAUCGAAAACGGGCUACCUAGCUCUCCAGUAGUUCAUCAUGCCAUGCAAUGACAGCCAUCACAGACGCAGCUUUAUAAAACUUUGAGGCCAAUCAUGGUCGGGACCAUUGUUCGGUACGAGGAGGAGGAAAAAUUUGAAUCGCAGUGCAGCGAGUGUGUUAUAUGCUUGGAAGAGUUUAGAGGCGGAGAUUGUUGUAGGGUUCUUUCUAACUGCAAACAUCAAUACCAUCAACAUUGCAUAGAUGAAUGGCUGGUUAAGGACAGGCAUUGCCCUUUUUGUCGUGGUUCAGUCCACGGUUUAGAACCGACACCAAUCACUGUGUCGCAUUGAAACUAAAUUGGCUGUUAAUGUUUCAGUAUUCUCAUGUGUUAAAUUAGAGGGGGUUUGAGCUGCUUAAAGGUGAAGGUGUAAUAUAUGGAUGCUUUUCCUUGAUUUUUGAUAUAUAUAACUGUUUUCAUUAAUGAAUACAUUGAUUUUAAA